ACAUAAACUUCCGGUAAAAGAUGGCGGCCUCCAUACGACAUUCUAUCAAGAGUUCUACGUUACAGUAUGAAACACUUUCAACUAAUGAUUCCAAACAAAGAGAUGUUGCUAAAAUUCGUGACCACUUUUUUAAUUUUGGUGUAUGUUACAAGAUUUUUUUAAACCAUAUUGAUAAUUUAACCGGCGGAGUUAAGUAAACUUACUUAAGUCUUGAGUAAGUUACUAAGUUAAGUUAGUACUAAGUACUAUUACUAAGUUACUAGACUAAAAAAUAAGUAAGUCAAUAAAAACUACUAAAAAGUAAGUUAGUUUAAUUUUAAUCAAGUGUUAAGUAAGUUAGUAAGGUCCUAGUCGGUCUGAUUUUUAGAUUAUGGAUAUUGCCUGACAAAAAAAAAUUGGUCAUGUAAUUGUUGUGCAUCUGCAUCAUGUGUUGUGUUUUAGCAUGUGUCUUGGGUGUUCGUUUAGUGAUGUAUUCAUGACAUGAUUUUAUGUUUCUUGUUACUAGUACUAGUGUCUCGACUUGUGUUGACGUUGAGUAUGUUAGCCAGUUGUCUGGUCUGUGAGUGUGAAGGUUGGAUUGUGUACCUCUACACUACUAGUCUAGGAAAGUGUGCUAUUUGUUUGACUUAUUGUGUAGUGUUUAGUUUUGAUGUGUUUACAAUGUAUGAUUAUGAAUGUGUAACCGAAUAUUGAUGAGAAAAUCUCUUAUGACUUAGGGCUUAUGGAGUUAUCACAUAGUGUCAGUGUGAUUAGGGGUAUGAGUGUCACUCAAUGAAUGUCAGUUGACUUUUUUUCUUUUUUUUAGGCAGUGUCUACACGUCCGGCGCGCCGGACAUAUAUCUCCCGCACUAUUUGUACGGCGACCAAGUCGUAUGACUGCCGUAACAAAGUGGUGAGAGAUAUCUUGUUGGUCAGCCUUUUCACGUUGACUGCGAAUGAUUCAAAACUAUUAUUAAUUUUAAAAUCUAUUUCUCUACCAAGUAAUGUACUGAGUAUCUUAAAUGCAAAUACUAGAAAAAAACUUAAGUGCAAGUGGCUUGUAAACAUUUUUGUUUAGUUAGUUAUUUGAGUUUGUGUACCAGUAAUCCAUAAAAUAAAUUAGGGGCCAGAUGGAGUAGGCAACCAAUAAAAGUAAAAGAUUUCAUUUUAAAUUGUUUAAAUUGCUACAAAAUAUUUAAAAACUUCUCAUGAAACUACUGUUGCUGAUAAACAUGAUAAUAUAAAUAUAGUAUAAAAUAUUUUUAAUUAAAAUGGGAAGAAAAAAAAAAGAUCCUAUUCCCGAUAUUGAUCCUCAAAUCAUAAUAUCGUCAAGCGACCACUCUACCAGUAGACCACACAAGAUCUACCAAACUGCACUUCGUUCGGAAUUAUUAAAACCACCAGCCGUCCGACGGUCAUGUGACAUGCCGCCGGACGAAUAUCUUGCGCACUAUUUGUCCGGCGCGCCGGACGUGUAGACACUUCGUUUUUUUUUAUUGUGUGUUGGUGGUGGAUAGUAGCCUAAUUUUAAAAAUUACUUAUUAAUAUAGAUAGUAUUUCAACCAAUAAUUCCAAACAAAGAGAUCAGAUAUUGCUAAAAUUCGUGACCACUUAAAAAAAAUUUGGUGUAUCAUACAAUUUUUUAUUUAAUCAUAUAGGGCCAUAGCCAUAUUAAUCAAUUAACCAGCUUGAUUAGGAUGAUAUAUAUAUACUUAAUUAAUUCAGUGAUGACGCAGACAGUGUGACUACUCUCUCUCAGUUUCUAUAUUUGAAUUUCAAACCAAGAUAACAAAUUAUUAAUUGCACAAGAACUAAGAAAUGAAUAAUCAAGUUCCUCCAGACGUCUUACACGAUGUAUAGCAAGAUUUGUUGGCUAUGCAGAGAUGUCUUCCAUCAAUUAGCACUUAUGAGGUUUUCUCUGUAAAGAAAACUAUCACAUCAAAAUGACAAUACGAAAUAACCCAGUUUUUUUUCCAUUUAAAUUCCUUAUUAAAGGUCACUUAAAAUUAAAAUAUUACUGAAUAAUUAUUGGAAUAUGCUUGAACUUUGCUCAUGAUACCAACAAUGGGAGAUAAGUUCAUGAUUAAAAACUUGUUAGUGGCCUUUAAUUUACAACAUAUGUUGUACCGGUGUGGGUUCUAAUGUAAAAAAUGUAUCAAAAUGUGAGUUUGUUUGUCCUUUAUGGACUUGGAUUGCACCUCCACAUGUUGUUUUACAUUCUGUUAUAUCUUUAUUAAAUUAUAACUUUAAAAUAUAUAAAAUACUUGAUUAAUACUUAACUUAUUUUGAAUGAAAAUUGAGUUUUUAAGCAUUUUUUAAAUCAAUUUCCACAGGUAACAUUGAUAUUGCCAGGUGUUAAUACAGUGCCAAAUCAAAUAUUGGAAUGUCUCACAGAUCAACUGUCCUACAAAUUAGAAAAACUACCUAUUUAUCAUUUACUUGAGAUUCCAUUUAUCCAAGCCUUUGUCAAAAGAGGUAAAAUAUGUUUUUGGAUUUUUUAAAGUUGGUAGAUAAUUUACCCCUCAAGGCAUAAAGCCAAUGUCCCUCAAAUAGCCAGAAACAGUUUUGCUGUUAAAAAUGUAUACUGAAUGAAUUCUAAGCUUUCUUCUGUUCAUCUUCCAGGUGCAAUACAUUUAAUGUCAGUCAAUAGAAGGCUGCAUACAAAUGACACAGUUGUCCUUACGCCAUCUGGUGAGUACUCUCCCUCUCUGUUGAGCUUAUUAUAAUGAUCUUAGUCAAAGUCUUUUUUCCACAUGUUCUUUUGGUGAUGCUGUAUCAGAGUAUCAGGUAUAAACCAAAUUGUUCUUCUAGUCGUUUAUAUUUAUCCAAAAUUUAAAUAGUUAAAUCAGUACCACCUACUUAGUUAUCCCAUCGUUUUCAAACAUUUGUAUUUAAUUGGUCAAAUAACACUAUGUUGAGUGAAAUAUUGAUUUAAAUGAAACCGACAAUGUUCAUUAAUUGGAAGUAUUAGGAGUUGAGUCUUAGCAAUGCUCAUGAUGCCUAACCUCUGCAUACCAUGGCGACGAGCGACCAGUCGGGACACGUCGCGCCAUGGGAGGGGCGUGCUCGUCCAAAAGUGCUCGGAGGCCAUCGUCCAGAUGCUGAGCUCAGCACCUAGCCCUUGAAGCAUUGUCUUAAUGCUGGCUUUGAAGGCUGCUCUGUCUAUAGCGUUUAUGUCACGCACGGUCCUGUAGACAGGUGGGUUUUUUGGGGGAACUACGUAGGGGUCGCGCUGUCUAGCUCCUCCCUGAUCGUUUGCACCCUGGUGAUGAAAAAGUCCGCAAAGGCGUCAGGGAGUUGCUCUGGUGCAAUGUCAGUAGGGAGGGUGAAAUUCUUGCUAUUGCCAAGGAGACGGUUACUAGCGCUGAACAACGCCUUGACGAUGGCAAACUCUCUAUUCUCACUCUGUUAGAUCUCUCUGCUGCAUUUGAUACCAUUGACCACCAGAUUCUUCUUGACCGCCUUCAUCUUUCUUUCGGACUUACUGGCUCAGCUUUAAACUGGUUUCAAUCAUAUCUUUCUGACAGAACUCAAAAAGUCUCUAUUUCCAACCGCUCUUCCAAACCUUCAGCCCUGUCUAUUGGAGUUCCUCAAGGAUCGGUCCUUGGGCCGGUCCUUUUCAUCCUCUACACUAAACCUCUAUCAUCUCUCAUUAGCCACCACUCAGUUUCCAGUCAAUCCUUUGCUGAUGACACUCAAAUCAGUGACUCUUGCUUUCCUGAUCAACUUGAUGCCACAAUCCUUCGCAUACAGGAGUGCGUGGACGAUGUAAAGCGUUGGAUGACUUGCAACAAACUGAAGCUAAAUGAUGAUAAAACGGAAAUCCUUCUCAUCCACUCUCAAAACAAACCUCUCCCUCCAUUCGCUCCUUCUUCUAUAUCUAUUGGCAACUCUGACAUCACACUCUCUCCCUCUGCCAGAAACCUUGGAGUCACGCUUACGGACACCCUCUCCAUGGACAAACAUGUCACGAAUAUAUGCAGAUCAGCAUAUAACGAAAUUAGAAAAAUCAGCACCAUUAGACACCUCCUCUCCUUUGAUGCCACAAAAACUCUCGUCUCUUCACUCAUUCUUUCAAAAUUUGACUACUGUAACAUUCUUCUCUCAGGCAUUCCUCAACACCACAUAGAAAAACUUCAGAAGGCACAGAACUCAGCAUGCAGACUCAUUUUUAAAUCAAAGAAACAUGACCACAUUCAACCACACAUGCGGCAACUCCACUGGCUUCCAAUAUCCUCUCGCAUCAAAUACAAGUCUGCCAAUCUUUGCUUCAACUCGUUCACUGACCCUCACUUUCCUGUCUAUCUCUCUGAACUGUUGCUUCCUUACAUCCCCACAAGACAACUACGUUCUUCCAUUGACAGUAGAACCCUCUCAAUCCCAAGAACUAAAACUAAGACCAUCGGUGAACGCUCCUUCUGCUUCCAUGGGCCCACGUUCUGGAACCAGCUCCCCUUCCAUAUACGUCAUAGUGAAACCUCGUCCAUUUUCAAAAAGUCCCUUAAAACUCAUCUGUUUAGGUCCGCCUAUGACCUGUGAUGCACCCUCCUUGCCCUACCUCAUUUUCUGUUUCGGGUUGAUCCUGAAGUGUCAAAGUGUCCUCGUUUUAUAGCCAUUUUCAUUGUUUCUAUAGAAUAGUAGUUACUAUCCUAGUGUCUCAUUUGUAUUUACUUAGUUUACAUGUUUUAAUAAUUGAAAAGCGCUUAGAGCUUUAUGAUAAGCGCUAUAUAAAAAUGCCUAAAUAAAUAAAUAACCUCUCCUCUGCUAUUCUCAGGCAUCCUGAUUUUAACACUAACCAAGGAUACAUAUGAACAGUUGGGGCUAGAAGCAGAAAAACAGAAUCACAUCCAUCAUCAGAACAAAACAUUUGGUAAGAUAUUUUUUAUAAACAAAUAAAUAAAUCCAGUGUAAUGUUUGCCUGGCUUUCAUUCGAUAUGCAGGGUUAUUACUUCUGAUUAAAAACUGCAGCGAUGCUUUUGUCAUACAAAAUUUUAUGUUAUGCUACUGGCCUGCUGAAAAGACACAAGAUUAUAAUGGGGAGAGAAUGCAGUCAGGUUAGGUAGAAGGAAAUGAGUGAAGCAGAGUAUGGGGAAAUCUGAAAGCAGGGCGUCUUUUUCAGCGAACAAACAACAGUAAAACAAAUACAAAAGAUAAGAUAAACAUUUUUUAGCUCCAAUGUAGUGGAAUGGAAAGACACAGCAUUGUAAAGUGAAAAAAAAAUAACUAUAAUUAGUUUUGGGUAAAAUUAUAAGCAUGUCUGUGUAGUCAUUAUGAUGUAUCCCCUCAAGCUUUGAUACCUAGAGGCUGAAUAUGUAUUUUAUUUGUUGUGUUAUUCAAGCUGGAACCUUGAGAAAUUUAUAAAACUGAAGAGAAAAAAAUUAAAAUGAUGUUGUUUGUUCUUUGUUGUUUCCAUGAACAAACUGAAAAUAAUACAUUACAAAUUACAGCAAUAUUUAUAUUGUAUAAAAUUAAGAAUUAAAAAAAAAACAUUAACAAUUUUUGUAUGGUUCUCAUAAACAUUUUAUAGGUCAACACCCAGAUCUGUAGUUUUACAUAUAACUGUAUGCAGUAAUAAAAAAAAACAACUAAAAAACUAAAAAAGAAUAGCUGAUGAAAGUUUACAUACAACUUUAUGCAGCAAGAAGUAGCGGAUGAAAGCUUCCAUACAACUUUAUGCAGUAAGAAAUAGCUGAUGAAAGUUGAAAAUAUAAAAUAUUAGUUAUGAAGUCAGAGGAUGUGAACUGCCAAUCAAUACCAUAGGAAAGAGAUUAAAUGCUACAUAUUACAUUAAGAGCAUAUGAGGGCACAGGAUACCUCAGUCAUAAACAUUUCUAUCUUGAAAUUAAAUUAUUUGUAUACAUUUAUUUACAAAUGUUUUUUUAUCUCCAGUUGUCAAAAUAAAUUUACUGGAACGUGCAUUUCAUCCUGGCAAGAAAGGUUAUGAUAGAACACUUUGGUGUUUGAAAGACAGACUUGAUUUAGUCUUUGAUUGUUUGAUUUCGUGGGAUCCUCAUGGUAAGCACACAAGCAUUCAACCCGGUAAUCAUUUUUCUGCUCAUCUGAAAUUCACCAGGGUUAAAGCAUUUUACUAACAUUGAUAAUUAACUUAUCCGUUAUUUAGCAGGCUAAAUCAUUAUCAAAUGUUGGCUUAAAAAUCAUUAUCAAAUAUUGUUUUAAAUCUGUAAGUUAAGAUUUUCUUAGAUUUAGUUUAGUUAUAAGGCUUGAAUUGUUAUUUUAUUUGUUUAGAAGUCUUCUCUUUUUUUCAUUCAACAGGAAUCACUCAAAUAAGUUUGUAUUAGUAAUACGCUCACUGCAAAAAUGAACUUUGUAAAUGGAAUAAUAUCCGUGUAUCAACAGAUAAGAAACUAUGUUCGAGUUCUGUUGGGGUCUACUUUAUGGAGAAGUGCCAUCAAGUCACAAGAAUCGACCUGAAGAAAGCAUCCAGAAAUUUCACCAGUUUGCCUUGUCCAAAACUUGAUGCUAAAGACCCGGAAGGUUCAGAAAUAGGAUGCCAGUUUAAUGAGUUUUUUGAAUGGAUGGGAGCACUAGCCUGUGAUAUUCAACUGUAAGUCUUCUUUAAUUUGCAAAUACAAGUAAGCUGAAUUUAGAGUAGAGAAAAAUACUUUACAGAAGGAAAAAAACACAUAAAUAAUAAAAAAUAUUUUUAAAAAGGACCAAAAGGUUGAAGAAAUAUUACGUUGUUUUUUUUUUUUACAAAGUAACAGUUUACAUCUUUUAUGGUCUAAUGUAGAGGUUUCCACACAGGGGUGCAGCAAAGGGGGGGGAAAAAAGAAAUCAAUACAAAUUUUUUACUGGGAAAACCUGGAUGCACCAAGGGCACAGUGACGUGAAAAGUUUGGGAAGCACUGAUCCAAUGGCCAAUAUUGCCAAUGUUUAUGUCAAUAAAUGAACAUGUUUUUAAACAUUGAAUAAAAAACAUAUUAUCAUUUUUUAAUAAAUUAAUAAUGCUUAUACUAAAUAUAAUGGGGAAAAGAAAUUUAGUAAUGAUAUCUUAAAUAAGCCAGAUGUAUUUGAUAAAUUAAAACAAAUCUUGCUGUUAUGCAAAGCUUCUUUGGAUUUCUGCAUGCCCUACUAAAGGCGACCCGAAGAUGCAAGUCAAGACAAUUUUGUCACCACCAUGAGCUGCCCUGAACUGGUCACCAACCUGCCUCGCUGCUGUGUGUUCCAAGCCUCAGGUUUUCUGACAUCGAAUACCAUUCUCCAAGUCUGGCGGGCUCUAAGGUAUCUGACACCCUUUGCUCUGCUUGUACUUUUUUUUUUUUUUACUUUAAAGUAUGGCUGAGUUUAUUGCUCUCUCAGGAAAAUAUAACCAGUGCACUUACUGUUAAAAAUACAAAGGCUAAUGUCCCAAAAAUCUCGCUGCUGUGUGUUCCAAGCCUCAGGUUUUCUGACAUCGAAUACCAUUCUCCAAGUCUGGCGGGCUCUAAGGUAUCUGACACCCUUUGCUCUGCUUGUACUUUUUUUUUUUUUACUUUAAAGUAUGGCUGAGUUUAUUGCUCUCUCAGGAAAAUAUAACCAGUGCACUUACUGUUAAAAAUACAAAGGCUAAUGUCCCAAAAAAUAAUCAUCAUUAUCAGACUAGCCUUGUGUACUUGAGCAAUAGUUAAAACAAGGAAAUUUACUUUUCUCCUGAAAAACAGGAUCAAGGCAAAUCAAGUUUUACCUUUACAUACCCGUAUAGCAGAUUUCUCAAAAUUGGACUAUCAUGUAUUCUGUGCAACACUUUUAUGUCCAACGCUUGAAAGUCCAACACUUUUAUGUCCAUCUCUUUCAUGUCCAACACUUUUAUGUAUUAUCAACAAAUCAGUGAAAUAUAUGGAAUUUAAUUCUCUUCAUUGAAUUCACUGUCAGAAAAAUCAGACCUUUCCUUAAUGAUACUUUAUAAGAGUAAGAUACAAGGUGAAUGACUUCACAAGUGCUCUUCCAGCUCUGGGUGUUAAGUAUUUAUGCUUGGGAAUCCCUGAUGCCGCAGAUAUUAAAUAUAAUGAAUGUUUGGAAGGGUAAUUUAAAAACUUUGAGCUAUUUGACAAUGCUAACUUAUGUCUUUUACCUCUCCUGGGGCAUAGGCCGUCUAUAAAAAUUUUCCAUUCAACCCUGUGCCGUGCUUUCCUUUCCAGGUGUAUCCCAUACUUUGUUUGUCUGCCUCUAGCUGGCGUCUCCUUGUAUUCUUAGGCCCUCUUCUGUUUUUCUUUUUUCCCUGUGGAUUCCAUGUUAAGGAUUAUCAUGUGAUGUUAUCUGGGGGUUUACAAAGAGUGUGCCCUAUCCACCUCCAUCUUUUCCUUAUGAUGUCGUCAGCAAUAGGCUCCUGGUAGGUCCUUUCCAAUAAGUCUUUAUUGGUGUUAGUGUAGGCCAUUUGAUGUUCAGAAUUUGAUGCCAUAGAUAUUAAAUUUAAUGAAUGUUUUGAAGGAUCACUUAAAAAACUUGGAGCUUUUGACAAUGACCUACAUUUUAUUUGAAAUAAAUAUUUUAGGACAUAGCUGCUAAAUAAAUGGCAUCGAGCACUGUAUAUAGCUACCAUAAGGCCAGAAAAUUAAGAAGAUGACACAUCUGACCGUAUUUGAGUGACCAAAAUGAAAGAAAGGAACUGAAUUACAGUCUUACUUCAUAGAGGAAGACAAACCCAUAACAAUAACUGAAUUAGAAUCAUGUCCCAGUUUUUCAGUUUCAGCCAAUAAAUUCUGACUUGCGUAUUUAAAUGAAAAAAACACCAUUUUUUUUAAAAAAUUUGACAAUAACAAUCAGAUCCCAAACUGAAAGAUUAUAUUAUAGAUUGAUAAAUAUUUAUUACACUUAUUUAAAUUUCUAAAGAUUUUUUUAUAAAUACCAUGCAAAAUUUCACAUUUUGUUGUUAAGUUUUAAGGUACAUUCACACAGAAGAUUUGUUACUUGGAUUCUGAACUUUCUGUGACCACGUGCUACUCUGUGCAACAAAAAACCUUGACACUGUUUCAUAUAUGUGGUUUAAAAAAAAUCAUAUUUAAAGGGGAAAAAAAAAGUUUAUUCAUUUAAAGAGACACAUGCAGCCAUGCUUUGCUGACUGUUGCUCUAUCUCAUAAAUUUAAAAUGUAAUAAUUAUAAAAAAAAGUUCUGAACAAAAGUUCUGCACCAGAUGCCACAGUUGCGCCUGCUCAGUGUGAACACCCAUUUGGGAUAUCUGAACAGUAUGUUGUUUCUUUCCCCCCCCCCCCCCCCCCACCCCACAGAGAGCACACUUCUCAGAAUGAAAGCUAUCCAACUAGCCUCACAGUCCAUGGGUUCAACGACUGUCCAGUCAACAAGAAAUCUGAGUCUCACUAUUACUACGUGACUGGGGACAACAUCUACAGUCUGGUGUUGUUACCAGAAGGAAUGUGUUGUAUAUACACUGCCACUGGAUUUUAAAUAAAAAAUGUUUUAUAA